ACUUGCGAGAAAGAAGGAAAAAAAAACAUUAAUAAUGAAAGGUAAAUGGCGUGUGCUCGUCUAGUGUAAAACAAUGCAAAAUAUGCAAUUAAAUCUAGAGACAUAGAUUUAAUUGCAUUUUUUUUUGCAGGUUUUACAGGUUGUCCCUUAAACAAAUGUAAACUCUUUACUAUUCACAGAAGCUGAAAGGAAUGGAGUCUUGUCUCUCUGUGCAAGAGAUCAUCUGGUCAGUCGCAGAUUCAUUGUGUUGCAGGCCAGUGACUCCAGGGAUUCAGCCGCAGGAAGAAAAGAAAAAAAGACCAAACUGGCAGCAGAUCAAAGGGAUCUAUAGAUCAAUAAUCUCAGCUUGAUCACACAAACUGCUGCGAGAUGAUCCGGUCUGUAUUUAUGCAGAAUCUCAGUUUCCGGAACCCGAACUGGUCAGAAUGCAUAAAUAUGUUCUUUAAGGCACUUCAUCACUUCACCGAUGAUCAGAACUGUAAGCUACAGUCUUUUAAGGAUGCUCUGCUUGUCUUUUACAGUUCGACAAAACAGUUCCGACUUUCUCAUUUCUGAUCAGUAGAAAAUAAAUCCAGUACAGACACCAACAUGACGUGUCAGGCACCUGAUGAUGAUCUGCCCUGGUUCAGGGCAGAUCCCGGGGAGGUGGGGGAUAUUUGGGUGAGGCGGUCCUCCAGCAGGUCUCCAGUCUGCUAGGAGACCAAAAGGGUCAUGAGCGCGCCUGCGAGCCAUGUGUAUCUUUUUAUUCCCCCCCUCCCACCCAGCCACAAUCCACACUGAUGUGUGACAACCGUCCACGUGAGCUGACAGAGGGACUACUUCACUCUGCUGCAAGAGCGCAUGAGGAUGGACGGCGGUGGAUGCUUCCAAUAGGACGCACGGCUGAGAAACAGCAUGAAGUCCAAACGCGCAGCAUCUGAGGGUCCCGGGGCGCCACGGUGACAGAUAUGGAUCACAUCUUUCGGAGAAAGCGGGCAGGUUUGGUGAAGUCCUUGUUGAGUCUCUGCCUUGUUUUCGCGUCUGUUCUGAUGAUCCUCAAGCUGAAACUGUCGGAAAAAGGCGUGCAGGACGCGAGCUGGUGCGGCUCGGACUGUUUCCCUCCAGGACAGGCGCCGGUGAAGUCCAACUUCUGGAGACUAAAUGCCGCGGCGCAAAGCAACAGAGUGGACGCGCAGCGGGCGUCCAACGGGACCCCGAGCAGCUGGGAAGUACGAGUCCUUAACUGCAGCGAGGACGAGCUGGUGAAGAGCCAGGACUGGUUCCAGCGUCUGGACCCGAGGUUCCACCAGUUUGUUCUGCACAGAAACUGUAGGUACUUCCCCAUGCUCAUCAACCACCCGGAGAAAUGCGCGGACGGACAGGUGCACCUCAUCAUGGUGAUCAAGUCCGUUAUCGAGCAGCACGACCGGCGGGAAGCUGUGCGUAAAACCUGGGGCAGGGAGGGCACAGUUAACGGGAAGAAGAUCAAAACGUUAUUUCUACUCGGAACUCCGACGACAGGUAAAGACACCAAGAACCUCCAGAAACUGAUCGAGUACGAGGACCAGAUCUACCAAGACAUCCUGCAGUGGGACUUCAUGGACACCUUCUUCAACCUGACCUUGAAGGAGGUGAAUUUCCUCAAAUGGUUCAACAUCUACUGUCCCGGGGUGCAGUUCAUAUUCAAAGGAGACGACGACGUGUUUGUGAACACCUACAACCUGCUGGAGUUCAUCGGCUUCAAAGUGGAGGAAGGCAAAGACGCCGACUUAUUUGUGGGGGACACGAUCUCCAAGGCGACCCCCAUCCGGAACCGCCAGAGCAAAUACUACAUACCCAAAGAGCUCUACGACAAGCCGUACCCGCCCUACGUAGGGGGUGGCGGGUUCGUGAUGUCCUCCCAUCUGGCCAGGAGGCUCUUGACGGCCUCGGAGGGCGUGGAGCUGUACCCCAUCGACGACGUGUUUUUGGGGAUGUGUCUGAAGAGGCUGAACGUGGCUCCGGAGUUCCACUCGGGCUUCAGGACCUUCGGCAUCGCCAGACAGAAGGUGAGCUCCAUGAACAGGGAGCCGUGCUUUUACAAGAGCCUCAUCGUGGUGCACAAGCUGAGCGCGCAGGAGCUGCUCAGGAUGUGGAGCACAGUGCACAACAAGGAUCUGGUUUGCGCACGACGGACCUUUAUAGCCAGCAGGCUAUGAGAUAAACUUUUAGUCGAUCAACUAAAUCGUCCGGAAGUUUUCUUUCUCAUCAUUCCGACUGUAUUUGAUCUUCAGCGGACUGAGUGGAGAGGAACUGUCGGUGUUCUCUGCAGGUCAGAUGAAACUGUGUGAAACCUGGCUGACUGAACACCGUGGACCUUUGAGUUGGACCUCUUUUGGUUGAUUUGUAAUUUGUAAAACCACUAAAGCUCCAACUAAUAAGACUUGAACAUUUUCAAAUUCAGUCUGUGCCAUUUAAAACCCUGAAGUCCUAAAGCAGAGGCAACGCUUUUUUUUUUUUUGGACUUUUGGAGGAAUAGUGUUUAAAUUUGCAGGUUAAAACUCCUUCCACCACUCCUCAGUUCAGGACCAAAGAAAAAGGAACUCAUGUUUAUAGCUCUUGUACUCUGUGAAAAUAAAACUGGAAUCCCAAAGUCACUUUGUGAAAUGUAGCAUGUCUGGUGUCAUCACUUGAUUAACAGAAAUGUUUG